UUUGUGAAUUAACUAAUGGGUUGAUGGUUCACACGGAAGAACACUAUUUAAACUUUAUUAACAAUAAUUUAUUCUUUAGUAAAGGCCAAUAAACACCGCAUGUUCUCUGAAACCCUCGAGUUUUUCCUCUCUUCUUCGUUGCCCUCUCCCUCUUGUACAAUAGCAAGGUAGGAUGAACCACAAACAUGUCCAUGAUUUCAACCAAACUCCCUCUGGUGCACCCAUGGCUUCGGGGAAUAAUAAGGCCCAGCAGCACGACCACACGGAAACCAUGCCAGGGUACCGGCUCAAGUUAGCUGCAGAACUUGGGUUAUAUAUGGCGCUUUCUAGUAUGGUAGUGAUUUAUAUUUUAACCUGUGUUAGUUUGAGGGAAUAUACGGAGCCACUUAGGAAUCUGCUAUGCCCUGUCCUGAAGCCGAUAAAUCAACAUGUAAACAUGUCCAAGUUGGUUUCCUUGAUUGAAUUGUUCAGUUUCCUUGUGAUUAUAUGUGCUGUUACUGUAUUGCUUCUUCUGGGUGCAAAAUUCACUCGCAUUCAUGUUGCUAUGCUCUUUAUUUGGUCCAUUCUCAUGCUCCAAGGAUCAGAUACUUUAACCAUUGGGAUCUACCUUAUAAUACUUGGAUUAUACUGCAUAUGUUGGUCCCGAAAAAAGCAACAACCCAAUGGGAAUGAAAAGCUGCAGCCAAAGAGGGAACCCAAGAGUUAUUUUGAGAUGAAUCUGUGACUUUUGUAUUAGGGAUAGCUAUGCUAAAUGAAUGUCAAUUGUGUUUUUGUUUGCCGAUCUUUGUAAUUCGAAGCGGUUUGGUACUUAUAAGUUGGUUAUGUAAGGAACUAUGUGUACUUGAUUAACAAUUACUUGGAGUAUACUACUUAAUCAUAGCUGUAUGAUUUACCCAGUGA